AUGACACAAGCCCCCACUCCCCUCUGCCGCGGUCGAUUGCGGGGAGGUUCUCCGGACUCCCGUGCGUUCUUGCUCAACUCUGACGCGCGCGGUCGAAUAUGUAAACUAUAUGUUGGUCCUGAAGUUGAUUUCUGGAGCUAUGGCGUUAUUCUUUAUGCUCUUCUUUCUAGCACUCUCCCAUCUGAUGAGAAUACUCCAAGCCUUUUUAACAAAAUAAAGGGUGAUGAUAGCAUCGUCGAAGGUGGGGGAAAUUCAGAGGAGCAGGAAUUCCAGACGACACUAUCUUACCUGGUUGAGCUGGAGCCCAAGCUCUGGGUUCCAGUGAGACUACUGGAAGGAAGGAUAUGUGGUGAGAUCAAGAACAACCUUGUUUGCAUCAGAGAACAAGCACAGAGGAUCCAGAGAUUACAGCAUGAGGCGCUGCUGAAGAUGGUCGGCAGUUACUCUACUGUUGCCUUGAGCCCCAGCAGACGAGAUGCUCUAACUGAAUCACCGCUAAGAAUUGUGCUCUUUGCCCUGCGCAAGAUGUGCGACCACGCCAUCUGCAGGAACUUCCUCCGAUCUUCAGAGCUGCUCCCAGUAAUCGUUCACCUUCGGCAGUCACCUGAUCCAACGAUCUCUUGA